AUGUGUUGCCAGACAGGGUUCACAGUCCAGUUUGAACACAGGCCGCAUUCUUCAGGUUGCAAUUGCCUUGCCAGGAUUCCAGAAGGCGCUUUCAAAUCCAUCAACUUCAGCAAGCUCUCAGGGGAUAUGGCGGCUCUAGCUCAGCGCUCGGCUCUUUCAGGUGCUCAGUCAUUGAGCACCUCAUAUGGUGCUUCAAACAAGCAGUCGGUGCAAAUUGCUGCGUGUCUCCCAGCACGGGUGCAGGCCCAGCUUUCUCAAUACGAAGGGCUUCGGAAGGGUGCUCUGGUCCAAAAUGAAUCUCCUUUCUCAGGCAAGGCAGUGACAAAGUCCAUGUCUCGUCAGUCGACCAGUGUAUGUCGUGCAGUGGCGACCGAGGUAGAGAAGGAGACUGAAGUUUCUCUGAACAUCGCAGAAGAUGUUACGGAGCUUAUCGGAAAGACACCCAUGGUGUAUUUGAACAAGGUUGUCGAUGGUUGUGUCGCUAACAUUGCGGCAAAGUUGGAGAUCAUGGAGCCCUGCUCCAGUGUGAAGGAUAGAAUUGGGAAGAGCAUGAUUGAGGACGCUGAGGGGGCUGGCAAAAUCAUCCCUGGAAAGACAACUCUGGUGGAGCCGACAAGCGGCAAUACUGGCAUUGGGCUGGCAUUCAUUGCUGCGGCCAAGGGGUACAAGCUCAUCCUGACCAUGCCUGCCUCCAUGUCGCUGGAGCGCCGCAUCCUGCUCAAGGCCUUUGGGGCGGAGCUCGUCCUGACGGACCCGGCCAAGGGGAUGAAGGGCGCGGUGCAGAAGGCCGAGGAGAUCCUGAAGAAGACCGACAACUCGUACAUGCUGCAGCAGUUUGAGAACCCUGCCAACCCAAAGAUCCAUUUCGAGACGACUGGCCCUGAGCUCUGGGAGGAUACGGCCGGGAAGAUCGACAUCCUUGUCGCCGGGAUUGGGACAGGUGGCACUGUGACUGGAGCAGGGAGCUUCCUUAAGAAGCAGAACCCCAAGAUCAAAGUCAUUGGCGUGGAGCCCAAGGAGAGCAACAUCCUGUCUGGCGGCAAGCCAGGCCCUCACAAGAUCCAGGGCAUUGGGGCUGGAUUUGUUCCAGGGAUUCUGGACGUCGACAUCCUGGAUGAGGUGGUUCAGAUUUCGAGCGCGGAUGCUGUCGAGAUGGCCAAGGAGCUGGCUCUAAAGGAGGGCCUUCUUGUUGGAAUCUCUUCGGGUGCCGCUGCAGUUGCAGCUGUCCAGAUUGCAAAGCGGCCAGAGAACGCAGGAAAGCUGAUUGCGGUUGUUUUCCCCAGCUUCGGAGAAAGGUACCUUUCGUCUGUCCUUUUCCAGUCGAUCAGGGAAGAGGCAGAGAAGAUGCAAGCAUCGUAAAGCGACCAGCAAUUGGCAGUCAAUUGACUGCGCCCUAGAGUCAGGGCGAAUCAGCUCUUUACAAUCUCUGACAUCAAAGGUCUUGAGGGGUGUAGGCGCUGAGAUGGUUGCAGUCUACAACACUCUCUUUCUUGCUUUCCAUGAGAGAGCACCCAUGGAAAGCCACAUCAUAGGUGUACGAUCGUCAUGCUCUAUGCAGAAUUAAAGAAAAGAUGCCACUUUCAAAGAAUCUUAUCUCGUACAAAGCCCUACGAAAGUUUCUUUUUGCAUACACUCCUUGUUGUGAAUUGUGACUUACCGGCAUUUUCCAGAGUUGACCAACGCGAUACUUGGGCAAAUAUGGUCCUCCUAAGGAGCUCGGACCAACUUGAACCUCAACUUUCUGGCGUUAGAGUUUCCAAGAGUCCAUGCGGUUUCUGGUUUUAAAGGUUCGAGUCUACGUGGCAAAUAUUCCGAGCGCCUGCGUGUGAAAGCCGUGCCUAGGCAGCAUCAGAUCCUGUCUGCUUGAUGGGUUAGCGGAUACAACCCCGAGUAUUAGGGGAAGGUCACUUUGAAGUGGUACCCCCCUUUAUGAUUUGUAGAGGGUUUUCGCCGGAAGCGCUGAGUCCCCCCCCC